GUUUAAGUGAGAGAUGCUGCACUUGUUCUUUGCAGUGGCGUUUUCUGCAGUGCCUUUGACUCUGUAUAUACCUCCGAUGAGAAGCUUGAAUCUUUUUGUGGAAACUAUGGAGGAUCUUUGUAGGGAAUCAAGUGUUUAUACAGGAAGGAUGUACCCAAGGCUACGACAUGCUUGGGCUAGGUUCUUGAAUUGUAUGUUUUGUGUCACUACAAGGUAGAUUAUUCAAGAUUCACUAAACUUGAAACCCUCUGUAAAUAAUAUGUUUUGGUUUAAGAGUUUUUUUUUCAAUUUCAAGUUUCAGCCUAAGAUAACUCUGGGUUUGUGGAUUGUUUGGUGGGUUCUCUCUGCAAGACCUUUUUUUUUGUUUCAGAGAUUUGAUGGUUCAUGUUAAAUCAAAGUGCAUUAAUAAAAAAGGGUUAUUAUAGGUUGCAA